UCCCCGUUUCUCACACUUCAAACUGUAAUCGCUGUCCGUUUACCGGCUUCCAGCGGCUAGCUGCCGCUAACGCUAGCUUAGCCGUCACUGCAAACCGUCUGUUAGUUAGCUCUUCGGUUUCUAACUGCGAUGGAGGGACUGAGAUUUGUUUUCUGUACUUUCCAUCCUCACUUUUUGUUUAAGACAUUGAAGUAUUUCCAGAAUCGUUAUGUGUCUGAAUUAAAGGCGAAGUGUAAUCUGGUGAUAAUUGGGAGCUAACAGCUAACAGCUAAAAUAUCCUGCUUGAAAAAUGACUGAAACCAUUAAUCAAUUAUCAAAAUAGUUGCCUAAUCGAUUACUAGUGUAAUCAUUUCUAAGAAAUCACUAAGAAGCUGUAUGUAGACACUGAGCUGACUGUCUAACCCUAAAGUGAAGGAAGGGGACUGUCACCGCGUUUUAACAGCAGUUUGUUAAAAAUGUUAGCUAACAGAUGGGAGCGCUUUGAGAAACUUUAUUUGCACAAUCAAAACACACAAAAUGUGUAAAUAUAGAAGAAACAAAUGUGCAUUGUCGUACAUUUGAUAAAUAUUAAACCUUAAAGGUCAUUAAAAAGUCUACAUUUGAAUUGAUGGGGUCUUUAUUCUUCUUAUUUCCCUUUACGACGUAUCUAUGUGCGUCAGAAUCUCAAUUUCAGAUACAAAACCAAACCUGAUACUUCCUUUAUACUGACCCGCUGCUCUCACUUGCUGGGACACACCUGUUAUUUACCUGCCAUACUGAUCUGUAGAGAGAAUAUCAAGAAACCCCUCACCUGUCCCGCCUUCUGUGCAAUAAAGUCCUGGCUACGUUUAUUUUCCCCCACCCACCGUAAUGACUCUGACCUCAUACGAUCCAUACGUGGCCUGAAGCCGUCUGAAAAAUGUUUUCAUCUGAGCCCUCAUGUCCCGGUGACGUGGCGGCAAGACGAAGCUGUUUCGUGAUAAGGCUUUAUGCUACAGGUCCCAUCAUUCCUGUGAAGCUCCCUGUAAUUUGGUAUUAACGAUAGAAAAAGCAGAAUAAAUGAAAUGUGUCUCAGCUGUUGGCCUGACGGCAGAUGGUGAUCUUAUGUUAAUGGCAGUGUAUGUGAGUAACUGUGUGUGCGCUCGCUGUGUUUCUGCCAUCAGAAGUUCAGCGUGUCAGUGUUCAUAUGAGCAGCAGUGAUGAGCAGCAGAAGCCGCAGGUCCUGUACAAAGAGUCGCGCCAGCUGUCUGGGACAUAAAGGACUGGAUGGGCGAUUCUCCAGAGGGGCUCUACAGAAGCCUGGAUGGACGAAAGACGAGGAUGAGAAGCUGCACCGACUGCUGAAGGAGUUCGGAUCAAACAGCUGGUCUUCAGUUUCUCUUCAUUUUAAAGGUCAGAGGUCAGAUGUGGAGUGUCAGCGGAGGUGGCAGCAGAUCAAGAAUCCGGAGCUGGUCAAAGGUCCCUGGACUCAGGAGGAGGACGAGCGGGUCAUCGAGCUGGUUCACAAGUACGGUGUGAAGCGCUGGUCGCUCAUCGCCAAACACCUGCACAGUCGUAACGGGAAGCAGUGCCGCGAGCGCUGGCACAACCACCUGAACCCGAUGGUGAAGAAGAGCGGCUGGACGCUGGAGGAGGACAGCGUCAUCUGUCAGGCCCACAGACUGCUGGGAAACCGCUGGGCCGACAUCUCCAAACUGCUGCCUGGCAGGACAGAUAACUCCAUCAAAAACCACUGGAACUCCACCCUGAAGAGGAAGGUGGAGAAGGAGGGAUACCUGCAGGUCCUGCACCUCUACAACUCCUCCAACACCUCCUCCAGCUCCUCCUCCUCCACCAGACCAGCAUCCAGGACCUACGGCCCCCCCGGCUCAGCCAACAUCCCCUCCAAGGCGGACAGUCUGUCCAGUGCGAAGGACGAGUCCAGCUGCGCCUCCAGCGAUCAGAGCGUGUGCGGACGCCAUAGCAGCCACGCCCACCUGUGCUCCAUCUGUGUCCCCGCCUCCUCCUCGGGUUACGACUCCUCUCUGAGCAUGUGCGAGCUGACGGCGCCGGCAGAGCUAAUGGAGAACCCAGAGACCUGGAGCCGUGGCCUAAAGGAAGUGACCUCAUCGCUCUCCACCUGCCUGUACAGAGACGACGUAGACCCGUCAGUUAUUGAUCUGAGCAGGAGUUAUGCUGCAGGUGUGAAGGAGCAGCUGGGGAACAGUGAGGACGGGGCCUUCAUGGACUCCAGCUCCUCCUGGAGCAGGAGCACCGCGCUGGGCGCUCUGACCUUCUCCCCGUCCGAGUUCCUCAGUCUGUGCGGCGUCGAGGAUCUGAAGUUACAGCGUCCGGCUCUCACCUCCACCCCCGUCUGUUCCCUCAAGCACCCCGCCAGCUCCGCCCAGGACGACUCCUGUCUGCACUGCAGCCACGCCCACGCCACCCAGACGCCCACGGAGAUCAGAGAGAGGAUCAGAGCGCUGUGGAUGUCGGCUCCUCAGACUCCAACGCCACUGAAGACCGGCGGCGGCGGCCUGGACGAGGUGUCCGUCUGUUCGAGCAGGAUGAUGAAUCUGACGUGGGAGGAUCCGGACAGUCAGCAGUCUGGGAGCAGCUCUGAGGUCCAGGGAGAGAGUCUGCUGAGCUCCAUCCUGCAGGUCCAGAGAGAGUCCAGGUCCACCUCAGAGGUCCAGAGAGAGUCCAGGUCCACCUCAGAGGUCCAGAGAGAGUCCAGGUCCACCUCGCAGGUCCAGAGAGAGUCCAGCUCUGUCUCGCAGGUCCAGAGAGAGUCCAGCUCUGUCUCGCAGGAUCAGGGGGAGUCCAGCUCCAUCCAGCAGCAGGUCCAGAGAGAGUCCAGCUUUGUCCUGGGCUGCGAGGAGUUCGGCUGCUUCCCGUUGGAGGGACAGAUGGAGGUGUUGUGGUGUCAGCAGCCAGUCGGUUACCUGCACUCUCCUGAAUGUCCCGCCUACAGACUGAACCCCUUCGAGAUCGCUGCGGCAGCUUCCCCCGAGGCGAGCAGCUGCGUCGGCUCGUUAUUCUGUUCCAGUUCGUCUCUGAGUCGACGGGCGAAUCAUGAGUCAGCGCUUUGUUUCCAGGCGUUCACUGCACGCAGUCAGUUUGUUUUAUAUAACUGACGUUUUAUUGAUUUCUUUAGCAGUUAACACCUUCACGCACAUUUUAAUGAUUUGAUUUUAUUGUACUUUUAAUAAAACUGUAUUUUAACAAAAACAUGAAAAAAUAC